AUGCGUCUGGCUCUUGCUCUCUUCGCGAUUGCAGCGGCUAUCACUGCAGCAUCUGCUAGCACGGUCCCCCCCGAACUGGCAGUCAUCGGCGAGCCACCCACCGUUUUGAAUGUGACAUAUUCUGUAGGAUCAUCCGAAGUCAGCUUCAAGCCGGGUGAUUUCCUCAAUACAACCGUCUCCAAGAAUGCACCCAAGCCGCACCUGCAGGAGUUGGGGUCGAGUAGAACCAGUCGCUACCUUCUGCUGAUGGUUGAUCCCGACUGGAAUCAAACUACUCCUCCAUCGGUAAUUGUGCACACCGUUGUCGCCAACCUGACCAGAAGUAUCAACAGCAGUAGCAAGGAGAACGUUAUCGCGACAUAUGUUGCUCCCCAGCCCAAGUCCGGAACACACAAUUACACUUUGUUCCUCUUCAAUCAACCCUCCAACUUUAAUAUGCCCGUCUACUACGAAUCAUUCAUGGAGACGACCGAUCAAACCCCAAUCAACCGAUUGAACCUGCCCCUAGAGAGUUUCAUCAACCAGACGGGACUGGGAACACCGGUUGCAGCCAAUUACUUUCGUGUUAUGGCGAGAAACGGCACAAGCACUGGCACUAUUAGCACUGGUGCCACCACUGGCACCAUCACCACUGGCACCACCACCAGUAGCGCCUUUAGUGGGGCAGCCAUCAAGAUAGUGGCCAGCCAUUAUCUGGCGGGUGCACUGGCCCUAGUGGGAGCAGCAGUUCUUACUAUUUAA